AUGAAUUCGGAAAAUGUAGCCCCGGAUCCCUGCACGGGUAAAAAUACUACAUCUUCGGCAGCCGCUGGGUCGGUCCCGAAGGAGCCUAAACAGCUAACUAUACAGAAUGUUGCUCCCGGCCUCAGUAGCAACAAACCCCUGUUCAGCGAUGAAGACACGCUGAGCAUCUCUGUGGAAAGUCAAUCCACAACACUCUGGCUGGUCAGUACCUACAUGGCCUACGAUCGCCAAGACUGCCCUCCCGCUCGGUUACUGGACGUGGUGAAAGAAGCCAACUCGAAAAAGUUGCCCAUAGUUAUCGGGGCCGCUGCAAAUGCGCAUCAUGCGGUUAAGUCGCUAAUCGGUUAUUUAGAUAUUACCGCGGAAAAUUAUGAUACGGCAUUGGCCGCGUUAAUCGAAAGGUAUAAUAACAAGCGCGCACUUUUCAGCAAAUAUAUGAAAAAAGUUGUAAAUCAACCAAUAAUUUUCAACGAUUCGGCCGAUGAAUUGCAAACUCUUGUUUCGCGCGCAUGUGUAUUUGCGCUUCAAAAUUUAAUUGUUGAUACCGAGAAAUACGGUUUCCGCACAUUAGAAGCUUUGUAUCCCCAAGCAACAGCAACUAAGAAUGAUCCAAAUCAAAUAUCAUCCGUUUCAUCCACUAAGCAACCUAACUCAAGUUCAAGUAAGCCGAUGCAAAGAAAAGACGCCAGAUUAUUUAACGUUUCUGCAAAACGAAUUUCUUGUCCGAAGUGCGGUCCGCAAGGGCCUCAUCUUUUACAGAAACGUCCAAGUUUUCUGCAAAUGUCUGCAUCCGAACGGAAAUCUACUGCCGAUCAGCUCAAAGUAUGUAUCAACUGUUUAGGGCAUCCAAAGUCGCAAGCGUGCAUCAGCGAAAAAACCUGUUUCACCUGUCGAGGUAAGCAACAUACGCUUUUGCAUCUCAGUAAUUUCACAUCUUCUGCAUCAAAUCAAAUUUCUUCGUCAACCUCAAAUAAAAAUAUUUCAAAAGCGGCCGUCGACUUGAGCGCCGUAGCCGCAAAUAAUUUAGUUAAUUCGCAUUCAAGUAGCGUUCUACUCGCAACAGCCUUAGUAAAUGUCCCCUAUAUUAAUGGGCAAUUCGUACGUUUGAGAGCAUUGAUAGAUCAAGGUUCGCAGCACGCAGUCAUAACAGAACGCGCAGCUCAACGUUUGAAGUUGCCAACGAUUCCAAUUUGCGUGGGUGUUCGCCCAAUGGGUCAAAACGAAUACAAAAUAAUCAAUAAGGAGUUAAUUUUAAACAUUAAUUCGAUCACUGAUUUUAAUUUUUCGGUCGAAACUACCGCUUCCAUAAGUAAUACUAUUACUUCGGAUUUGCCGCUUUUCCUCCUUAAGUCAAGCUCAUUUGCGCAUAUACAGCACUUUCCCCUGGCUGACCCUCAUUUUGCCUCCCCCGGCCAAAUUGAUUUAUUGCUAGCCGGCGACGUUUAUUUCAAAAUACUACAAAGUGGAUUAUGCAAAGGACAACCUGGUGAGCCAGUAGCGCAAAACACCUCAUUGGGAUGGAUAUUGGGCGGAGAAGUGUAUCAACAAAAUUAUUAA